AUGUCCGCCGCCGCCGUCCUCUCGCGUAGCUCCUGCCUGCGCGCCACUGCUGGCCUCCGCGCUCUGCCCAGGUCGCAGCUGUUCUCCGCACGAUCGGCGCCCGCCAUUUCAGCUCUCGCCCGCUACUAUGCAUCCAAAUCUUUCCCCCCGCACUCGGUCGUGAGCAUGCCCGCGCUGUCGCCGACCAUGACGGCCGGCAACAUCGGCGUGUGGCAGAAGAAGCCGGGCGACACCAUCUCCCCCGGUGAAGUUCUCGUGGAGAUUGAGACGGACAAGGCGCAGAUGGACUUUGAGUUCCAGGAGGACGGUGUCCUCGCCAAGGUCCUCAAGGACUCUGGCUCCAAGGAUGUCGCUGUCGGCAGCCCUAUUGCCGUCAUGGUUGAGGAGGGCGGCGACGUCUCUGCCUUUGCUGAUUUCACCGCUGCGGAUGCUGGUGGCGACAAGGGCAGUGCUGCCCCGCCCAAGGAGGAGCCCAAGUCCGAGGCUCCCGCUCCUUCUGAGGCUCCUAAGCAGGAGGCUCCCGCCGCCCAGGAGUCCGAGUCCACCGGUGCCCGUCUCCAGCCCGUCCUUGAGCGUGAGCCCGUCAUCUCUCCCGCUGCUAAGAAGCUCGCGCUCGAGAAGGGCGUCGCGAUCAGCCAGAUCAAGGGCUCCGGCCCCGCUGGCCGUGUUACUCUGGCCGACGUUGAGAAGUUCCAGGCUGCUGCCCCGGCUGCUGCUGGCUCCGCCGCCUCGUACGAGGAGGUGCCCGCCAGCGGCAUGCGCAAGGUCAUUGCCACCCGCAUGGCGCAGUCGCUGCGCGAGAACGCGCACUACUACGUUUCUUCGUCCAUCUCGGUCAGCAAGCUGCUCAAGCUCCGCACCGCCUUGAACGCCACCGCCGAUGGUGCGUACAGGCUGUCGGUCAACGACUUCAUCAUCAAGGCCUGCUCUGUCGCGCUCAAGAAGGUGCCCACGGCCAACGCGUCUUGGAUCGAGGAGGGCGGCCAGGCCGUCAUUCGCCAGCACAACAACGUCGACAUUUCGGUCGCGGUUGCCACGCCCACUGGUCUGAUCACCCCCAUUGUCAAGAACGUCACUGGUCUCGGUCUUCAGUCCAUCUCGGCGCAGGUCAAGGACCUGGGCAAGCGCGCCAAGGAGAACAAGCUCAAGCCUGAGGAGUUCCAGGGUGGCACCUUCACCGUGUCGAACAUGGGCAUGAACGACGCGGUUGAGCGCUUCACGUCGAUCAUCAACAGCCCCCAGGCUGCCAUCGUUGCCAUCGGCACGACCAAGAAGGUUGCCAUCCCUGCUGAGACGGAGGAGGGCACCGGUAUCGAGUGGGACGACCAGAUUGUGAUUACUGGUUCUUUCGACCACAGGGUCGUUGAUGGCGCGGUUGGUGGCGAGUUCAUGAAGGCUCUCAAGAAGGUGCUUGAGAACCCUCUGGAGCUUCUCCUGUAA